UGUGCCUUUCAAAAAAAAAAAAGAAGACUCCCAAAAAGUUUUAUUUACAAGCACAAUUUUUCGCAAAAAGUCGCCGUUUUCGGGCUCUGUUUGUGUCCAAAAGUGUCCCCAGCCAUGCCCGGAAUGUCCCCGCACGGUUAUCCGAUGGAGUUGGCCACGUAGGCUCGGUGGCCAGCGCGUAAAGUGCGAUGGCAGAUUCGUGAUCUGCGGGAAUUUGCUAGAAUUUCGAUUUCGUACUUGUUGAGUGUGGAGGAGGCAGCAGCCGAAGGUUAUUCGUUUUUUUUUUUGGGUUUUUAGAUUUUCGUUGUGUUUAUUGUGUUGUACAACAUUUUUUUUGCGUAAGAAGAAACGCAAUUGGUGGUAAUCAUCGGAAGGAAAAUCGUGAUUAAUUUGAAGAAAAUUCCUUCGCACAAACCCUGUUGGCUGUGAGUCAGGACAAAGUUGCACAAACACCCACUUGGAGGAGCAAUACAACAUUUCUCGUGAAAACGGUGCAGGAAAAGUGCCUCAAGGUGGAUUCCGAAAGCAUCUGGGCGCCGCCAUCCGGCAUGAUGGCACCCUUCCGGCGCAAAAAGAGCAACAAAGAGUUCCCGGUCAAGGUGUGCACCUACGACUCGGAGCUCGAGUUCCAUCUGGAGCACCGCGCCACCGGUGGCUUCCUGUUCGAUCUGAUCUGCCGCACGAUCGGGCUGCGCGAGACGUGGUACUUUGGGCUGCGCUACGUCGACAAGAAGGGCUACAAAAGCUGGCUCAAGAUGGACAAAAAGGUGCUCGACCAGCACAUCAACCUGAGCAACCCCGAGGGCUGCGUGUUCAUGUUCAUGGCCAAGUUCUUCCCGGAGAACGUGCAGGAGGAGCUGGUCCAGGAGGUCACGCAGCACAUGUUCUUCCUGCAGAUCAAGGAGGCGAUCCUGUCGAUGGAGGUGUACUGUCCGCCGGAGGCCUCGGUGCUGCUCGCGUCGUACGCCGUCCAGGCCAAGUACGGGGACUACGACGAGGCGGUCUGCAAGCCGGGCAUGCUGAUCAGUGAGAACUUGCUGCCCCAGCGGGUUAUCGACCAGUACCAGAUGACGCCGCAGAUGUGGGAGGAGCGCAUCAAGACGUGGUACGCCGACCAUCGGGGAAUGUCGCGGGACGAGGCGGAGAUGGAGUAUUUGAAGAUUGCGCAGGAUCUGGACAUGUUCGGGGUGAACUACUUCCCGAUUACGAACAAGAAAAACACAGAAGUAUACGUUGGCGUAACGGCGCUCGGUCUCAACAUCUACACCAAGGAGAACAAACUGACCCCGAUGACGACCUUCCCAUGGAACGAAAUCCGCAACAUCAGCUUCGACGGGAAAAAGUUCUUCGUGAAGACGAACGAGGAAAAGGGCAACUCGGUGGCGACCACUUUCUACUCGGAAAAGGCCCGCACAAACAAGGAACUGCUGGACCUGUGCGUCGGCAACCACGAGCUGUACAUGAAGCGACGCAAGCCGGACACGAUGGAGAUCCAGCAGAUGAAAACUCAAGCCAAGGAGGAGAAACACCGGCGACACAUCGAGCGCAACAAGCUGGCCCGCGAGAAGCAACUGCGCGAAGAAGCGGAACAGGAGCGUGCCAACAUGGAGAAAAGACUGAUGCAGCUGCAGGAGGACAUGGCCGCGGCCAACGAGAUGUUACGCCGCAGUGAGGAAGCCGCCGAACUGCUGGCGGAGAAGAACCGCGUCGCCGAGGAGGAAGCCCUGCUCCUGUCGCACAAAGCCCUCGAAGUGGAGCAGGAAAUCAGCCGGAUGCGCUUGACGGCGCGCAAAACCGAAGAGGAGAAAAAUUACCUCGAGCGAAAAACUCAGGAAGCGGAACUCCUGACGGCCCGCAUGAUCGAGGAAAGUCGCAAGCGGGCCAUGGAGGCGGACAAGCUGAAGAACGAGCUGAUCCACGCACGGGUCGCGGAGAAGGAAGCCAAGGAGAAGCUGCUCAACUUUCUGAGCAGGACGUCGACCGAGUCGAUCUUCAUUACGCCCUCGUCCUCGCCGGAGACGCCGGCGCUCGGCGAGAGCAACACGUACGACCUGCUGGCGGACGGCGAUAUGGAUCAGCUGUCGCUGGAGAUCGAGAAGGAAAGAGUGGAAUACCUGACCAAGUCGAAGCAGGUGCAGAACCAGCUCAAGGAGCUCCGCUCCGAGAUCGAACAGCUCAAGAUCGGCGAGAGCAGCCCGCUGGACACGAUCAGCGCCCAGCAGAUGCGCCUAGGUGAGACCAAGUACUCCACGCUCAAAAAGCUCAAGUCGGGCUCCACGAAAGCACGGGUAGCGUUCUUUGAGGAAUUGUAAGUGACUACUACUCUGACCACCACAUCUCCUACAUCUUUCUCUCUCUUCUACAUACCAAUUUCAUAUCAUUUUUGUUGGUGUUUAGCCAGUGUUCUUCUUUUCCGGAAGAAGGAUGAAACGCUUCUUCGACGCUUUUGUUUAUCUUUUUUGACUGUUAGUUUUCUUUUUUCGGUUUCCGUUACUUUUUAUCAACUGUUCGUUUUGGCCAUAGAUUUUUAUCGUGAGUUGUGUUAAAUUAAAGAAUUGUGUCAUACAAAAAAAUACUCUCUCUGGCGUACCCACGAUCGUACUAUUCUCCUCGUUGCCAAAUUUUCAAAAAUACCUUAGCGCAUCGGAAAGAACUAGUAUGUAGCAGUGAUACUGACAAUAAAAAAGAAAAAAGCGCCGUUCUGUAAACUUGUAAGUGCUUGUGUAAGAGUUGUGCCUGGUAGUAGCGAGAACAACUAGCCUCCCUCGAUUAUAAGUAGAACACUUAAACUGUAUCUUAUUUAUAAAACUUUACACUGUAAACUGUUUUCAGUCAUCACUAGUGACAAUUAGAUGUAUUUUAUAUCAUUCAUUUGUUCCCUUUCCCCCAUCAGAAUGCCACGUAGUUUCUGUUAUUUAAUCAUCGGCAGGCUCAUUUACUCGUAGUAUUCUCAUCAAACAUAUUAGACAAACGAAGCGACAAGCGAACACUCUUAUCGGAAUACAAUCCAUCCUUGUUGUUACAUUUUCUACACAAAAAA